AAUCAGCAACCAUUAUAAUUUUCAUUUAUCAAAGCUGGAUUGGAGCUCUAGUUUCAUCGUACAUGCUGCCGAAAACCAAAAAAUCUAAAGAAAAAAAAAGUAGAGAAAAAUGCCUCAGGUGAAGAUUAUCGCGAAGAAUUUCAUGGACAUGGUGGCUUCAUUGCCUGCUAUUAAGCUCGACAUACUUUAUCAUAAUCAAUUCAUUUGCGAAGCCAUUCUCAGGUCGAUGCCGCCUCUGGCGAAGAAAUACGUGUUACAAAUGUUAUACAUUGAUGUUCCGAUGACAUUCAAGUCGUUGCAGGAGUGGGUGCUUGCCGAUGGAUCCUCUAAGCACCAAGUUGCGAUCGAUCGGUUGAUUCAAUUAAGAGUAUUGGAAGUAAUCGAUAGGAAGAAGGAAACCACUUACAAGUUAAACCCCACAUUUCAGACUAAUCUCCGGAAACAUUUGAUAUAUGGUGGGAUUUUGUCUAGAGAACCAAUGCCUUCAAAUGUUGUUGCUAGACUCCCAACCUUGGAGGAACUUGAUGCUUAUGCACAUGAGCAAUGGGAGUGUUUCUUGCUGCAACUUAUAAGUUCAGGACAAGCUGAAAGAUCGUCAAGCUUCAGCUCUUCCAUGAUGAGAAUUUUUCAGCGUGGUCUGCUACGUCAGAGAGACAAAGAAGCUCCGAGGUUAACUGAGAGUGGUUUCCAGUUCUUGCUGAUGGAUACAAACGCUCAGCUUUGGUAUAUUAUCAGAGAAUAUAUCUCCAAUUCAGAGGAGCAAGGUGUAGACCAAGCUGAUUUAAUUGCAUUUUUGCUAGAACUUAGUUUUCAUACCACUGGUGAGGCAUAUAAUUUAAAUACUCUAGCGGAUGACCAGGAGGCUAUGAUCAAGGACCUUGCAGACUUGGGAUUGGUCAAACUUCAGCAGGGAAGGAGAGAGAGGUGGUUUAUACCUACUAAAUUAGCCACAAAUCUUUCAGUGAGCUUAACAGAUUCAUCAUCAAGGAAACAGGGAUUUGUUGUUGUGGAAACAAACUUUAGGAUGUAUGCAUACUCGUCAUCUAAGUUACACUGUGAAAUUUUUACGUCUGUUUGUAGGGUAGAGUAUCAACUUCCAAACCUCAUAGUUGGCGCAAUAACAAAAGAAAGCCUGUACAAUGCUUUUGAAAAUGGAAUUACAGCUGAGCAGAUAAUUACGUUCCUCCAGCAGAAUGCACAUCCUCGAGUUGCUGAGAAACUACCAUCUGUACCCGAAAAUGUCACAGAUCAGAUAAGAUUGUGGGAAACUGAUUUAAAUAGAGUUGAGAUGACCCCUGCUCAUUUUUAUGAUGAAUUUUCUUCGAGGGACAUCUUUGAGACUGCUUCUGACUUUGCCCGAGUGCAUGGUGGUUUACUAUGGGAGGAUGCUAAAAAAAUGCAAAUGGCUGUCAAGGCAGAGAUUCAUAUGCUUAUGCGAGAGCAUCUUCGCGGAAACAAGUAGAGAUUGUAUAUCAUCCAAUCUCCUGAUAAUGCACACUGAACGAGAUCGUUCAAAGUUUUGCUAGCGAGAUGGCUGCUAGGAAUCUUCACUUGCAGUGUGGGUUGUAAUUGAAAUUCCAUUUGGUUGGAAGCUGUCAACCUGAAUCUGUCUUGGUAUGAAUAAGAUAGGGGCAGAGGAACAACUAUUUCUUAACUGAAAUCCAAGGCUGACAGGCCCCAUUCUUUGUCACUGAAGCCAGAGGUAGGGGAAGCACCCUGUAUUUAUUUGUGGAGAUUUUGACAAAAUCACCUGCCAAUAUAUACUUAACUGUGUCAAAUAUCGAAAUCAAUAUAUAGUAGAAUAAAAAUCAAAGCAAUAUUUCUCAGUUUUCUG